CUAUGCCGGCAGCCCCUGCUCCGGCCGCUGGCCGGUGGGGUUGCGGCCGCAGCAGCGAGGAGAGGGCGGGGCCAGGGGCUGGGCUUCCCGGGGGAGGGCCCGGCGCGCACCGGGAGGCGGCGGCCCCGGCCCGGGAGCGGCAGGACUUGGGCCGGAGCGUGGCCGGACCCCCACCCGCCGAGGCGCCCAGGGAGGACGCGCUCCAAGGCAGAAUCACAGUGGCAGCUUUGAGAGUUGGACACCCAGGUCCCUGAAGUGAGCUCUAGGCCCCAGGUACAUGGAGUGAGGUGGUGGCGAGGGCAAACCAGGGCGAGAGGAGGACCUUUGAAACUACCAUCUUUGCCCCCACCCUGGGCCCUCCUGGGGACUUCCAGACCCCAGCCUGCUAAGUCAUGGCUCUUAACAGUUCCUUGGGUAGUGGGGAUGGCAGUGGGGGGCAAAAGCCAGGGAUAGGAGAGGGUCUUUUCCUAUCCCCAAAAGUGUGCGUCUGGCUUCCCUGCUUACCCCUCUGCCCUCUACAGCUCUAAUCCGCCACCAUUCCGUGCUGCGGGGACACCAUGGCUCCAGAGGAAGAUGCUGGAGGGGAGGCCCUAGAGGGCAGUUUCUGGGAGGCUGGCAACUACAGGCGGACGGUGCAGCGGGUGGAGGAUGGGCAUCGGCUGUGUGGAGACCUGGUCAGCUGCUUCCAGGAGCGCGCCCGCAUUGAGAAGGCCUAUGCCCAGCAGCUGGCCGAAUGGGCCCGCAAGUGGAGGGGCUCCGUGGAGAAGGGCCCUCAGUAUGGCACACUGGAGAAGGCCUGGCAUGCCUUCUUCACUGCGGCCGAGCGGCUGAGCGCCCUGCACCUGGAGGUGCGGGAGAAGCUGCAGGGCCAGGACAGCGAGCGGGUGCGCGCCUGGCAGCGGGGGGCCUUCCACCGGCCUGUGCUGGGUGGCUUCCGCGAGAGCCGGGCUGCCGAGGACGGCUUCCGCAAGGCCCAGAAGCCCUGGCUAAAGAGGCUGAAGGAGGUCGAGGCUUCCAAGAAGAGCUACCACGCGGCCCGGAAGGAGGAGAAGACAGCCCAGACUCGGGAGAGCCACGCGAAGGCGGACAGCGCUGUCUCCCAGGAGCAGCUGCGGAAGCUGCAGGAGCGGGUGGAACGCUGCUCCAAGGAGUCCGAGAAGAUGAAAACCCAGUACGAGCAGACACUGGCGGAGCUGCAUCGUUACACCCCACGCUACAUGGAGGACAUGGAGCAGGCCUUCGAGACCUGCCAGGCUGCCGAGCGCCAGCGGCUUCUCUUCUUCAAGGAUAUGCUGCUCACCUUACACCAGCACCUCGACCUCUCCAGCAGCGAGAGGUUCCACGAACUCCACCGAGACCUGCAUCAGGGCAUCGAGGCAGCCAGCGACAGGGAGGAUCUGCGGUGGUGGCGCAGCACCCACGGGCCGGGCAUGGCCAUGAACUGGCCCCAGUUUGAGGAGUGGUCCUGGGACACACAGAGGACAAUCAGCCGGAAGGAGAAGGGUGGCCGGAGCCCUGACGAGGUUACUCUGACCAGCAUCGUACCCACAAGAGAUGGUGCUGCAUCCCCACCCCAGUGCCUGGGGUCCCCAGGCGGCGGGCAGGAUGAGGAGUGGUCAGAUGAGGAGAACCCCCGGAAGGUUGCUACUGGGGUCCGGGUGCGGGCACUCUAUGACUACGCGGGCCAGGAAGCUGAUGAGCUGAGCUUCCGAGCAGGGGAGGAGCUGCUGAAGAUGAGCGAGGAGGAUGAGCAGGGCUGGUGUCAGGGCCAGCUGCAGAGUGGCAGGAUUGGCCUGUACCCGGCCAACUAUGUGGAGUGUGUGGGGGCCUGACCUGCCCUGGCAGCCCUUCUGCAACGUUUCUCCACCCUGGGUCAGAGCCCAGCUUGUCUGGACAGCGGGACCUGAGGGCCUUGAACCAUCCUGCCCCUGCUGCCCCUCUGUCCCUUGAGGAGGGAGGAAGUCCUGGGACCCAGGGAACGGGAGGGGCCUGUGUCUAAGAAGGGACUGGUAGGGAAUGGCCAACUGAGUCUAGGCUGAGGGGAAGAUGGGGAGGUCAGGAGGUGACAGAAGGGCCCAGGGGUGCCUGGGUCUCCCCAAGAGUCCUCCAGUCUCCCCAGGAGCUGUGGAUGCAGUUCCUGAUCUCUGUGUUUUGGGGUUCCUGGGGUUGGCCUGGGGUGAGUGUAGUUCUGGGCUAGCAGCACUCUUUUGUGGCUUGUUCUAGUGUGUAUUAAACUUGGAAGAAAAAACAAAA